CGUUUAUGUGUCACCUUCCUUGAGCGUCCUAUCACGUAACCUAAUUAAUAUUCAGGAGCUUAGCGUAGUUCCUUCCUAUGUGCGCAGUGAGUCAACUGCGCAGAGAGCGGAAAAACAAACACGAUUCCGUGCGUUCAUCAAGCUCCAGCAUUAUUUAUUUCUUGUUGCUUUGGCAUUUAGUAAAAAACAAGUUAAGUUGAAUCAAGAUCACUUCAUAAGCGCGCAGAUUUGCUGCCGUGUUUAUGCUUCUUUUAGUUUUCGGUGCUUAACUUUGUUUUGUCAGUGAGGUCCGAUGGCAGUGAAUCCCGCAGAUGCUGAUGCUGAUGAGCUGCCGUCUGUGCUGUGGGGUCUGGACCCCGUGUUCUCCGCAUACUCGAGACUCUACAUCACUGACAUACUACAGAUGAAAGAGUCCAGACAAGUACCUGGAGUUUAUUUCUACAAGACUCACCCACUCUUCCAGGUGGAUGUACUGGGGACGGUUGUUUACAAGCGGGAGAGAGAAGAUUUCUACUGCUAUGGAGUGGAUGACAGUACUGGUGUCAUAAACUGUCUUUGUUGGAAAAAUGAGAAAUGGAAUGAUCAAGGAGAAUCAACUGAAUGCAGAGAUCCUAGCGGAUCCUCCAGAGGAUUUAACAUUGAAGAUGAACUCAAACGGCUGAAGGAGGCUGAACGGAAGAGCACUGUGCUGGAGAUCGGAGACCUGCUGAGGGUACGAGGAACCCUCAAAACCUCCAGGGAUGCAAGGGAGAUCAGGGCCACCUCCUUCUAUAAAGUAAAUGACCCUUUGAUGGCAGUGCAGAUCUCGCGUAUGCUGGAAAUGCCUCAGCUGUACAGAAAGUGCUAUGAUCAGCUGUUCCAGAUGCCGAGAGAUGACCUGGGCGGCACAGAAGCAGGUGGUUCCUCACAUUUCCACUGUUUGCUGUCUCGGUCAGUUCUCGCCCUUAAGGAGUUCCUCUUGGAGAAAGAGGUGGCCAGGUUUCGUCCUUAUGAUGUUGAGUUCCUCUUACAUCCACUGAUUCAGAGUUCUUCAGCUGAACAGGUACUGAGCAUGACCUUGACAUCCAUUAUACUCAGAUAG